AUGCGAGUGUGUAACAUUUCUUAUUACUCUCCCAAAUAAGAACCCAACAUACUACACUAUAAUAUUUUUCCCUUUUUAACCCACUUUACGCUUGUAUUCUAUGUCCCUUCUUUAAUUAGGGUGUUUUUUUUUCUCUUUUUUUUUGUGUAUUUUUAAGAGCUCCACUGAUUUCAGUAGUGGUAGAAAUUACCAUCUAGUUCACAAUAUUACUAUGGUAUACGAACCUAGUCUCUUUGCAGAGCUCCUUUAGCUGUUUGCUGUUUUUUACUUUACCUCAAUAAACUGUAUUGCAAGAAGAUUUAAUCUGAUUGUAAUUUAGGCCACGGUCACACAGCUUAAAACAAUUUGUAAUGCUUAGAGUUGACCUGUAUUUCGAUAGAGUAGUUUUGCUAUUUUUGGAGAUGCACACAAGACACAAACACAUUUGGUACACUUUUUUUAACUUAUGGGAACCCUGUUGCUCUACACUUCAGAGAAUUAUCUCGUAUUGGAGAUAAAUUCCCACUUUCACUUGAGCUGACUCAACACCAGCUACCUCAUAGUACGCACAAAUCUAUGUAUGUAGUGAGCAUAUGUUUUUGUCUUUUUGUUUGGUGUGUGUUGUUUUUUUGUUUGCUUUUUUUUUAAUAUGUAAAUAACAAUGUAACUAUUUUUUAGGUAACGGAUGUUCAGAAACUGGAGGCUACAAUCAACUGUGGGCAAAUAGAAGAAGUUAUCGUGCAGGUAGACCUCUCUAACAAUAAUUUUUAUACCAUAUGCCAUUCAGCCACUUCUUUGCAGCAUGUGACUAUAAUGCAAAGUUCCAUCUUGGUGUUGCUCAUUUGUUUCUGUGAAUUAUGUUUGCAGGCAGAGAAUGAACUGUCCCUGGCAAGAAAAAUGGCAGAAUGGAAACCCUGGGAACCUUUAAUUGAAGAACCUCCUGCUAAUCAGUGGAAGUGGCCAAUUUAG